GAUACAGACUCCGAGUGGUGCAAUUAGGUGGCAGGAGGAGGGUAAGAUUCGGUAACGAUCGACGCUAGCGAGACAAAUCUCGCAGAGAUUCUAUAAGCAGGUGGAAUUGUUGAAGUGAUACGCUGGGCUUAGCUACCGUUCUACACAGGGAGAGAAGAUACUACGAGUGGUGUGAAUAAUUGGAAAGUAGCGGAGACACCUCGAGGCACUCGCUAACGAUCGGGUGGUAUCCCUCGCUGACGCGAUACAUCGCAUCGAGAAUUCAGAAGCAGCGGAACAGCAGGAUUGUGCGCUGAUAGUGUGAUAAACUACCUAUCGAGUACCUAUCCGUAGAUAAUAGAAUCUUAACCCCAAAUUCCGAGCGACGCAAUUAGAAAGGGAGAAGAUAGCUCGAAGCAUGCGCUAACGACCUACCGUUAUCCGUCGACGCUACAGAAUCUGAUCAACACAGAGGCUCCAGGAUUUAUUCCAGUACUGCUACGUGGACUGAAGUAGUCGUGAUCUUCGACUAACCCGUGUGCACCUAUCCAAUACCCAACGUAACCCAAACGCCAUCGUAACGCGGAGCAAGUAGAUUCAAACUCCAAGUGGCGCUAUUAGUCGUAAUCCAGGAAGAUACGUUAACGACCUACCGUUAUCCGUCGACGCUAUAGAAUCUGAUCAACACAGAGACUCCAGGAUUUAUUCCAGCACUGCUACGUGGACUGAACUAGCCCUAGUUUUCGACUAACCAGUGUCCACCUAGUCCAUCCACCUACCAUCGUAAUCUCGACGCGGAGCAAGUAGGAGAUCCAAACUCCAAGUGGCGCUAUUAGUCGUAAUCCAGGAAGAUAGCAUGCGCUAACGACCGGCUCGACGCGUCACCCGCGUUCACCAGGCAUGCAUUACGACGCGCAAGGUGUCCUGGAGACUUCCUACCUGCGGCAGCGACAACAGGACCACCACCAGCAAGCCCAGCAUACCGUGUACGUGCAAAGCGUGCGCCAAAGUCGGAGUUGCUCGCCCAGGUCGGAGGAAACGCGAUCGCCGGUCGUCGAGGCGAGAACCGAGACCCUCGGCACCCCUGAAGAGGCGAACGGCUCGCCGUUGGAGCUCGAAGACGGAUCUCGAAUGUCGAGGUACCGCGAGGAACACGAAGCGAAGCGGUCCUCCUUCUCCAAGCAGGAGCACGAGACGUCCAGUUUCUUCAGGGACACGGAGAACCCGAGUGUCAAGUGCUUUACCGAGGAAAUGGUGUCCGCGGUGGCGAGUCACUACAGAGGAUCGGACGGGUCGCCUGGCAGAACGUCGCCGCAGGGAUACCAUUCGACGGACAGACGGAACACGUCGCUAGGGAAAACGUCGUUCUGUAUCGACGCUCUUCUGGGUAGAGCGACGGGGAAGCAGGAGAACCUGGAUCACGACCGAUCGGAGAGGAAUCCGAGAUUUCUGUUCGCUUCGAGGAACCCCGUGGAUGGCAAUUGCGUGGGAAAUAGUCAAGGUCACGAGCGAGAAUCGCCUUGCACCUUGGGAGCCGCGAGUGGAGGCAGAGCUGGUGCCUCGACCGCGACAGGUGCCGAUGACCAGAGAACCUCGUCUUUAGGGAGUCUGUUGAAUCCCUUCGAUAGACCAGUUCAGCACGGACCGGAUUCGCCCAGCUUAGAGCUGGUUCGCGAUGGAAUAGAGAGACAGGACCAAUCGAUGAGGGACAUCCACUUGUCCGACGUUCGCGUGGAGUCGGUGGACGCGACGACCGUGGCGAUUCAAAGAGGAAAAGCGAUCUUCAGAGGGGAAAAUGCCGGAAUAGGAUCGGUGACAGGCCCCAAUGGAGGAUUUCGCGUGGAUCGGCUCGAAAACGUCGAAGACGACGCUUCCAUCGAGGUUGAUCCCACGAGAACGGGAAGCGCCAGCUCUGGUAGCAACGCCAGUCGCAGCCCCGUUUCCAGUCCGCCGAUUUCGCCUGGAUCGGAGGAACCUACAGGAAACGGUGUCCCUGGCAAUCCAAAUUUACCAACUGGCCAUUACGGUGCGCUCGGCGGGGCCGCAGUUACCCGACAGAAUCAGGCUCUCCUGUUACACCCCAGUGGGCCACUCAUUCAUCCUGGUGGAUUGUACUAUCAUCCAGCGGGCGGCAGCGCGUUUCACUCCAUACACAAGGAAGGUCAGCCCGUCGGGCACUCGCAGGCUGCCGGAUCUCAUCCUCAGCAGCAUCAUAUUCAUCCACUUCAACUCGAGUGGUUGGCUAGGACUGGCAUGCUGUAUCCCAGAUUACCCGCAGAUUUAGCUGGUUGCGCUGCCCAGCAUGCCCUCCUCGGGAAAACUAGAAGACCGAGAACAGCCUUCACCUCGCAACAGCUUCUCGAGUUGGAGAAACAGUUUAGACAGAACAAGUACCUUAGCAGACCAAAGAGGUUCGAGGUGGCCACCUCCCUGAUGCUCACGGAGACACAGGUGAAAAUCUGGUUUCAAAAUCGACGGAUGAAGUGGAAGAGAAGUAAGAAAGCGCAACAAGAGGCACGUGCAAGUAGCAAAGGAGACGAAACCGGAAACGGAAGAAGUACGGAGAGGGAAACCGGUGGCGAUACGAGCACGAACUCGCCUAACCCGCAGGAGGACUCCAAGGGAGCGUUGCAGGAAACCCAGAGAACCACCAACGAGCUUCAGGAACCCCUUUAUCGGCCAUACGUCGUGUAAAAGUCUGACCAAAGUAACUGUGCUAAUUGAGAACGAACGAUUCUAACGUAAACUAUCACUGCGCGUCUAACACCUGUCCGUCGACUUGCCGCGUUUGAUAUUUCGGUGGUACACUUAUUGUUAUACAUACGUGAUCCUUAGCCCCGUAUAAAGGAUAAACACAAAUAUGAAAUAUAAAAUAUACGAAUACGUAAAAUGAAAAGGGAGUCAACGUGUCGGGAUGAUCGAUUAGACUGAAGUUAUACGGUAGGAGCUUCGUUAUGUGAACUAAUUCGAGGGAGAUAAAAGUGUUGCGUAAACAAAUUUUCAGAGAAUAAAAGGUUGCAAGCUAUUAGGUUCAUUUUACGUAAUAUCGAGGGCAACGUUAUACAGAGUAUC